GUCAUCCUCUCCCGCCGCGCUGCUGAGGCUGCGACGUUAGCUGUGGAUGGAAAAAAAUAAAUAAACCCAUCUGUCUUUGCUUCGGCCAACGGACGCCUUAUUUGAAAAGGAAGGAAAUAAGUGAAGCCGCAUGCCCGGUUUGGUCUCCUGUGGCGCUGGCAGGACGACAGAAGAGCCGGGCCGAGUACUGGAAGAGUACGUUUAUGUGAACAUCCUCAACCGGAGCAGCUCCCCUCAUCAGCAGGGAGCACUUUUGUGUCCGGAUAAAGACGAAGGAGGCAAAGAAAGAGAGCAAACAGAUGUUCCAUCAUUCCAAGGAUCCAUCCAUUUGAUCGAGUCACAGCGGAUGCCACAGGAGAGACUAUGAAGACGAGCCGUGUCACUCCGCAUUGCAGCCCAACCCGAUAUGACAUAACGUGGUUUCCCUGCUAAUAACCAUGAUGGACACAAAGCUGUGACUGCCUUUGUGAAACCUUUACCCUUUUCUCAGCCUCCAAACCAGAACUUACUCCUCUUCUCAAAACCUUGUUGCUUCCCAUUCUUCUGCAAACACAACCUCUUGCCCUUCCUGCUCUUUUCUUAUAUAAUUAUAGCUACCCCUCCUUUUUGACAUAUUUUCAUCGGCAUCAUGCAGGGUGCUUCUUCCACCUCCACUCUACAUUCUCUUAUCCUCCCCUCCCUCCUGUUCUUCUCCUUCCUUCCUCGAAUGGUCCAGGGGGACUGCUGGCUCAUUGAGGGGGACAAAGGCUAUGUGUGGCUGGCUAUCUGCAGUCAGAACCAGCCGCCCUACGAGACCAUCCCCCAGCACAUCAACAACACCGUCCAUGACCUAAGGUUGAAUGAGAACAAGCUGAAAGCCGUGCUCUUCAGCUCCAUGUAUCGCUUCACCAACCUGACUGACCUCAACCUCACCAAGAAUGAAAUCAGCUAUAUUGAGGAUGGAGCCUUCGCAGGACAAGCUAACCUACAGGUCCUUCAGCUGGGCUACAACAAGUUGACAAACUUAACUGAGGGCAUGAUGAGAGGGCUCGGCCGCAUGCAAUGCCUCUUCCUCCAGCACAACCUCAUUGAGGUCAUUGCCAGCAAUGCAUUCUGGGAGUGCCCCAGCCUCAGCAGCAUCGACCUGUCAUCCAACAAACUUGGCCGCAUCGACCCAUCUACAUUCACAGUUCUCAGCCGUCUGAUGGUGUGUGAACUGGCAGCCAAUCCGUUCCAUUGCGGCUGUGAUCUCUACAGCUUCCUCACCUGGUUGGAGUCCUUCAACAAUGUGACACACACCUACGAUCGCCUCCAGUGCGAGACGCCCCGCGAGAUGUUUGGCUACCCCUUGCUAAUCGCUGCCGGCCACGCUGGACGGAACGCCAAAAACAUUUUGUACCAUCACUGCCGAGAUGGAGUGAUGAUUCCAGGAAUGACCUCGCUCCCGCCCGAUCUGGAUGGUUCUUCCGGGAUGGGGCCGGAGAUGUUUGGUGGUGUGGGGCCGUACAACCAGCCCACCACCUCUUCUUCAUCAACUGAGCACAGUUUUGUUCCCAGCAUUAAGCUCCAUCAUUACAGUUUGUCAUCGGCCUCUCUCCUUGUGCAAAUUCCAAAUCCCUUCAGCAAAAUGUACAUCCUAACACAAUACAACCAGACGUAUGUGUCCGACUUUAUGAAUUUGAAAUACAAGAAGGAGAUGAUCACCGUCAACAAGCUCAAACCACACACCAAUUACACCUUCUGUGUAGCGUCCAUUCGAAACUCUCAACGUUACAACCACACCUGCCUCCAGUUUACCACCCGGGAUGAUAACCAGGAUGACAAAGCCCCCCCACCUUCCACUACUUCUCACUACAUAAUGACCAUCGUCGGCUGCCUUUUUGGCAUGCUCAUCGUUCUAGGCAUCGUCUACUAUUGUCUACGUAAGAAACGGAUGCACGAUGAAAAGAGGAAGUCCGUCUGCGUCAAAAAAACAAUUUUGGAAAUGCGAUAUGGGCCAGAGGUGGCGGCAGCAGUGGCAAAUGAUCCCUUAGCGGUCCAGAAGCUUCAGGAGCAGUCAAGAGAGCACCACCAGUAUCAACACCACCACGGAGGCAAACUUCCCAUGUCCGCGUCCUGUGGCUCGAGCAACACCAGUUCCUCCCGACUCUCCUCUAUCCCGCAAGUGGAAAAGAUGGCCACCGCCUUUUCAGAGGCCAUGGCUACAAGUAAAGGAAACUACAUGGAUAUCCGGACUGGAGGGGCAGGGAUGGAGCGGAUGGGAGACGGUGGGCACGGAGGGAUGGAUUUGAGAGACGAUGAUGGAACUGAUCGUGGGGACGACUCGGACGAUGAUGGACACGGGUCUGCAUCAGAAAUUUCCACCAUUGCCAUGGAGGUGGACAAGGUCAAUCAGAUCAUCAACAACUGCAUUGACGCACUCAAACUGGAUGCAGCAGCAGUGGCAGCCUCAGGAGUCUCUGCUAACCAUACGGCCAGCUCAAAUCCCACCUCCCCUCCCCCCACCAGCACGUCCUCCCUUACUCGUGGCCUAAUCCCAAUCUCCCAAGGGGUGACGGAAGCGUGCCAAGUCAUUGCUCCGAAUAAAAUACCCCCUCCGCCUCCACUCCCCGCCUUGAAUGCCCCUCUCUCCGAGCGGCCAGGGAUUAGUGGUGGCGGCUUUGUCGUCUCUCCCCCGUACAGGCCGCCGCCACCCGCCACCGCUGUGCGUCCAAUUCAGCGUCAAAUGAGUGCGGAUGCAGCCGUGGUUAUUGUGAAUGCUGUCAAGAAACAGUGCAGCACCACGUCUUGCGGCUCUAUGGGUCGGGACAGGGAACGCGGAGGAGCCAGGGUGUAUAGUCUGGAGGUCGCUGAGCCUCGCAGCCCAGACGGCUGUAACCAACAACAGCACCAGUACCCAGACCGGGCCAGUCCCGUGGGCUGUGGGGAGCCGCUUGAGAGGCUGCCUUUAGUGGGGAGCGGGAGCUGCUGCGGAGGGGGUGGUGGUGGUUGCGACAGUGGUGGUUUUGGUGCCCAACAUCAGGACGGCCAGAAGUCACACCAUUACCACCAACAGCAACAAAUCCAACAGCAGCAGCAGCAGCAGCAGCAGCUGGAGGUGCAGCAGGACUACCACUGCUCGGAGCACCGCCACUCCGUCCCCGCUCUGUAUUAUGAAGGCUCCCACCAAGGCUCCCCGGCCCAGAAGGUGUCCUUCCUGAAGCCCCUGACACGCUCCCGCAGGGAUGCGGCAUCAUACUCCCAACUUUCGCCUGCCCGUCACCAUUCCAGUUACUCUGGCUACUCCUCCGGCCCGGAGUACUCCUCGGAGAGCUCGCUGCGGAUCUGGGAGCGCUUCCGCCCCUACCGGAAAGGCCAGCGCGACGAGACCUGUUAUGUGACGGCCGGAAACGCCCUGAGAAAAAAGGUGCAGUUUGCUAAAGGCGAGGACCUGCAUGACAUCCUUGAUUACUGGAAGGGGGUGUCGGCGCAGCAGAAGCUGUGACUGGAAUACCAGAGAUAGGCUUUCUGGGGAAAAAGGGGUGUUUGGAAGAUUUUUUCCAGGGCCGUGGGCCUGAUGGACAAUUUAAAGAUCACGCGGAGAAAAAUGUAGGACAAAAAAUUGCCUUUGGGUUUUUUUGUUUAUUGGCAUGCUAGGUGUACAGAAUAUCAUGCUAAAGCAAGGACUGCAAAACUGUGCCUGGGAUAUGAGAGUCAUUAUGGUGUUUUAUUUGACAUUUCAUUGUAGCACCAUUUGGAUCAUUCUCAUUUAGUGUUUGAGUUUUUUUAGAGUAUAGCAUGGGGACAAAUGCCAACUGUGUAAUUUAGAAUUGUUAAAGUGAUCAUGCUUUGUGGUCAUAUAGGCCAUUUUUAUCAGUGCCAUCGUUUCACCUAUGGGUAAUCAAAGAAAGUAGAUGCUGAUAUCGCUCAUUUUAAUCAUAAGUUACACAAUAUGUUGUUUUCUAUCGUUGGUAUUAGGUGCUGUGUCAAUUUACAGUCAAUUUACUGCCCUUGGAUAUAUAUCAGACUCAGUAAUUGGAAACUGAUGGGUGAGAGUUAUUUUCUGUUACAAAGAGAGAAAAGACAAUUUGGGAAGAAGUGAACAUAUUAACAUGAGUACAACCGAAUGAAAUGAAUUAACCCAAGUAAAUGUAACAACAGACUAAUUUGAAAACGUACAGCGAAUAACAUGUUCCUUUAUUAAGGCAAUUAGAUGCUACAUGUAUGUACAAUGGGUAGAUUUACAUUUAUUUACUUUAACAUUACAACAGUCCCAUUACAGAAAGGCAUGACCUACAAGCAACAAAAGACCAAGAGAAAUUGGAAGCAAGACGGGGUAUUAGCAAAAAAAGACAACGCAAGCAAGGAUAUAAGUCAUUUUUCUGCAGCCACUGUGAAAGUAAGUAGAUUACGAGCUGGUUAUGGCUAAAUCUAUUUGCACCAUUCACCGAAUUCACCACAGUACAUUUCAAAUCCAUUCUCCCACAUCCAAAUGGAAUGAGGCACAGAGGGAAAGGACACUUCUAAUUACUGCCAGCAUGUCUGUUCUCUUCUGGAAAUUGAUGCUAUUGUUGUUCGUUGAUAACUUAAUUAGCCAACUCGUGACGGGCAUGUUCGCUUGCACUUUACGCCUCAUGGUUGUGUGUGUGUGGCCGUAUGGUACACAGUGGUCAGUGUACGUGGGUGUUGGCAUGCCUCGUCAAAUUCUAUUGUUUGUGCCCAAUUUGACUCUAAUGAAUAGCUUUCAUAUCUUGCCAAUUGGCUGGUUGUUUGAGUCUAAACAACACUAGAUUAUUAAUGGAAUGGACAAAUGUAAAAAUAUCAACAUUGUUCACUGUAUUGGCCCCGAUGUACGUCACAUGACUGUGAUGCUAUAGUAGUGCAGUGCCUCUUGCCAACACAGCCACGAUCCAAUCCUCAUUAUUGUAUAGUGAUUUCCAUCUACUUUGUUUUUUCUUGUAAUUUUCAUUCUCUAGCAUUCUGGCAAAAGGCAUCCUGCUUACCCAAAGCGCUGCGCAGCCUUUACAUGUUUACAUUCCCAGCCAUCACACACACAAUCUGAGACCUUGAAAAUGUGAAAACUGAACCAGUGCUCCUUGCUUCACAUUUUAUUUUAUCCAGAGCAAAUUGGACAUUGUAAAAGAAAACGAAGGAGCAUUUGUGCCCCACUUUGGAUCAUAACUUCCUUCCUGUGUGAUAUCCCCCCCUCCCACUGGCUUCCCCGCUCCAGCAGGUCCAAUAAAUUAGGGGUGCAGCGUGAGACAGGAAACUAUCCUGUUGCUUUGUAUUAAAUGAGAAAGCCUUUCUUGCAGGGAGGGCUUGUUCAUCACGCAUCAACACGGCUCUUCCUCUGUCUCAGAACAGUUGCUUUUUUUGAGCAAGCCCUUGAACACGCGUACAAAUGAGGGUGGUGUCAGGUCUCGGAUAUACUCUCCAUGUUGAGCCGCAUGGGGCAGUUCUCUCCAAACUGCUAUGGGGAGUCUGUGCCCUUCUGGCAAUCCACACCUGUGCAUUUCUUGAUCCACACCCCAUUUUCAGUUGGUAUCGUUAAUGCACCACUGGUUAUUUGCCAGGAUUUUAACGGCAACUUUGUAUUUCUUUAAAGCUCUGUUUGUUUAGUCGUGGCUAUGAGCAUCGGCAAAACUCCCUGAACAACCUCUCUCAAUAAUAAACAUCUCAUUUGGGUAUCUUUUUCUUCUUCGCAAUUCAGCUAGAUAUGCUAAGCCACCAACUGGACUGGAGUGUGGAACAUGAUUUGAGAACAAACAGUCAGGCUGGUCAUCAAAUUUUUUGGCCAAAGGCAGACGUCCAUAAGGGGUCCGUAUGGACCCUAUGUGGACACGGGUGGAUGGCACCAUUCACAUGACGCAGACCAAAGCGGAGCCAUGCGGAAUGAAUCGACCUUAUUGGUAUCUCCAUAUCAACUUGUGUGUUUCCUCCUCUUUCUGUGAUGGCAGAUAUCUCUGUGUCCUUAUCCUUGCUUCAUAAAGACGUGCACACACAGUCAGGGUCAAAGGUCAUUACUCCCCCAGUCCGCAUUCUCCUGCGAAUGGAACACGUGACUUCAGCUGCCUCACAAGUCACGCUUCAGUAAAAGAGCUCCAUGCGAGGAACAAACCUAACAUCAUCUGUUAUCAGAUAUAAGAGGGGGGUUUUUUUCCCCAAAGGAACUUGCAACUGUGAUUGACUCACACAAAUCGGAGGAAAAUAUUUUCUUCGCUGGUACAUUGUGUGACAGCACCUUAUCCCACGGAAGGGACGCGGCGUGUUCGACAACUGCCACAAUGAGUUUAGACAAAUGGACACUGAGGAUAAGUGUAACUAAAGAAACAUCGGGGGUUGCUCAUCGAUUUAGCUGUCAUUAAUGUUUAUUUAUCUGACAAGAUGUAAUGUGACUGAAAAUCCUGAUUAUUACUGUUUGGAUUGAAAAAAAUAAUGAACGCAUACAUUCUCUUUACACUUAACACGCCACUCUACUUUGCAGGAAAUAUAUUUUCAGAGGGAUAGAUGUAUUUUCAAGUGCUCUUCUGCUUCUAAAAUUUGAUUCAUACAUUUGUUUCUUUUUAAGAGGACAUUGCGUCAGGGACCAAUCAGAACAUUGUCAAUGCUGUCGGGAGACGGGACAAUCUGUUGCUAUUUUGGAGGAGAUACUGAGUUUGUCAUCAUGAAUAAUUAGCUAAAAGCGUUCUGGCUAAAAAACGGUAACAUACUUGUGUAAGAUACACAAAAUACAUUAAUGAUUAACAGAGUACACAAUAGUGUAAUAGCCAAAUGAAUUAUUUAAGUCCAAGCACUAGCCACGUCAAGCCACCAAACAUAAAGAAAAACCUUCUGGUCCUUCUCCUGCUGCUCAUAUCCAGUGCAUCUCGCACACUGAUCAAUAGUCCUUUUUUUAGCACCUUCCUUGUUGUUUGUCUCAGAGCCACAGGAAAGCCAGACGUGAGAAAGACGUCUAAUGUGAUGUUAAUGGUAAUCUUUUUUCAUAGGACACCAGCUUGGGUUGCUUUCCAUAUCUGUGGAUACCACCAGAAAAUCACAAAUGCUUUGAAUUUCUGGUUAAAAAACGUCUAUCCUUCGAUGCUCCCUGUUUUUUAAAGCUUGGGCCAAUUAAUAGUUAAAACAAACUAAUCAGAGCUAAACAUUGGGUUGCUUUUAGUCGUGUCACCUUCUAAAUUAAUAAAGGAGUUCAAUGAUUCUAUUAUCAAAAGCCUUUAGUCCUCCGAGCUUCACUUUCUACCAAUGUGACCUGUCAUUGCUUUUAUAUGCAGUCAUCACAGUUUUGGGGUAAUGUGAGGCUGCAAUACUAAUCACUAAUACAGAAAUUUGAUUUUGAUCUCACUUACUCUAAGCAAAAAUAAACACAAAUCUGUGAAUGCACAAAACACGCACGCACACACACACACACACACACACACACACACGUACUCUCAAGAGAAGACGGCAUAAUUGGAAAAUACAAAGAAAUGAGUCAGAAUGAGUCAGAGUCUGCCUCAACCAGAAUAACUCUUUCCCUGAAAGGCAGGUAAUGGACAAUGUCUUUAAAGAGAGGCGAGCACAAAGCGAGAGGGGUUUUGGCUGAAUGCAGCCAGACAUGAGAGAUACGGCGGCAUGACUGCACUAAAACUUAACACGCAUGAUUCAUUGGUCCGACCGAAAUGAACUAUCACAACACAGACACACAAACACACACACACACACACGCUCAAGCGUAUCGUGGGAACAACAACAUGUUCAAAUUUUGGUGUUGUGGCGCUUGGAGCCUCAGGGAGGAGAGCUUGGUUUCCACUUCGUUUCCAGGCAGGUGACAGUCAGGUGUUAUUGUGACACUGACGGUGGUCCUUAAAUCCUUUCAUUUGGUUUCUGUAGACCUUUUGUUCCAACAUUCCAUUAAGUCCAUUAGCUUAGUGUGUGGGAGAUUAGCCCGUGCGGAUAACGUGCCAAAUUUGAUGAAUGGGAAACUGUGCUGCGUUUCCCCCGCCGCACUGAGCCCACAGAAGACAGACAUUAAACACGUGACGUUUUAAAAAAUUAAAAAAACGCCAAGCGGCCCUCCGUGUAGAAGAUGGAUGUUGAAAUCAUUUCCUGACUUGUCAUUCCCUGACCCUGUCAGAAUGUAGCAGACCACACACGCUCGACUCAUCUCUGAUUUCAGCGUUCAAAAGGCAGAGGUCUCGUGUAAUUCUUGACAACAAGGUGUUCUGAGCAGAAGAGCGUUUCAAAAUGCUGAAAGUAUUGUAAGCCAAAUAAAGGUUUGCCACAUGAUUUCAUCAAAACCUUUUAGACACGCACACACUUGUUAAUUUACACAUAUGCAUUAACUCUGCAAGGUUUAGUUUCCAAAGACGGAUAAAGGACUUAAAGAAUCUGUGAAAUAUCUGUGAAUUUUGUACACUAGAUAAAAGAUAAAAAUCAAUACUAAGGUUUAAAAAAAAUGCUUCUAUGGAUGUUUUAUACUCAGCCUGAUCUCUUGAUAUGUCUGUGUGUUUUCAGUUGGCUGUUUGUCUUUGUUUUAUUUUUUUUAUUUUUACUUUGGUGGGUGGGGUGGGUUGGUUAUUGGGAACCAAGUGAUCGACCUUUCGUACAUGCGAUGGUAUAUGUGAUAAAGGUUUAAUAACAGAGAAAGUUUAACAUAGUGUACUACAUAAAAGAAAACUUGUUAUAUUUGCAUGACUCCCUGUAUUUUUUGAGAGAAAAAAAUCUAUUGUUGUGUGCAAUGAGUGGACGUACUUUUAAAACAAAAAACUGUAGGGGCUGAAAUACAGUUGUGUCAAGUACUUUUGAUUUGAACCUUUAGAUUUUAGCCGUUUUUUAAAUUCUCUUUGACGUUCUCUAUUUACAUUCUUACCUUUUUGGUUUUUCAUUUGGGUGAUUGUAUUAUAUGGACACUGCACAGUUGCCGUUACUACCCGUUUAGCCACAGGCUCCUGGAGUAUGCAGCACAAAGGCGGGGUAAAAAUGUCUGAGGCUGGUGGGUGUUUACAUCCAUCUGGUAGAAGAAACGGCGCUCUGUUCUUCGCUGUUUAUUCUCCACGGCAGACGUGCGUGGGGAUCUUCUUUGGGCUUCGAGGCGCGGCCCUGUCACAGUUUGCGGUUGUAUCUCCUCUCGACUCGGGCCGUCCCCUCUGUGGAAAACACAAUGUGGGACCGUAUGUGUUCAAAGAAGAGUGACACCGCAAGUUGGGAUUAGGUUAAAAACCAUUAGACAAUCAGAAGUCAUUGGCAAGUGCAGCAUCAGCGGCCUCAGCCUCAGCCCACUCACUGUCAGACACAUCCUCUGCUCUCACUGCCUGCCGCUUUCCUAUCAACUUGUUAAUUGAAUUCAUCUUACAUCCAGCCGGUUGUAAAUCAGUCUUUUCUCAUUUCUCAUUAUGCACUGUAUCGUUCACCCGGUCUUCUGCUGAACCGCUUUGUGUGUGCAGAGAAAAGACUGCAUCUCGACUUGAUUAAAAAAAGGCGCGAUAGCUGCGCCGCUGUAGAAACUAAAACUAUAUGUUACAGGAAGUCCUCGUGAACACGAACGCAGUCAGCGGAAGACUGUUUCUAUUCAACUGCAGUCAGAUAUGCAUCCGUUAUUAGAAAGAGACGGAGAAGGAAAUGAAAUAAAAUUGGUUCCAGUAGAGCCUUUAAGUUAAAUGAUGCAAAGUCGUGACUACAUUUCAUUUGGCAAACAUCCAAUAAUGCAUUGGCAGCACCCAAUGCAGCACUGCUGAUGCAUCAGUUAUUACAUUAGGGUUCAUGCAACGACAGCGACCCAUAAUUCAUAGCCAUGUUUACAUGAGCAAGUCUAGUGCGAUGAUACAACUGGGAUGUAAAGGCUAUUCCAAUGGGGCGGCCUACAGAGGCCUCCUCGAGUCAAUUACAAAGAAAAAAGGAACACUGUGUCAAAUCAUAAGCCUGUUUUAAUCGGUUGAAUCUGCACUUUAAUCUGAUUAAGAUUUUUUUUUUUUUUUGCCAGUAGCGACUCUUGAGUCUUGGUUUUCUGUGGAGAGACACUUGCCGAAAGAUGCAGUGAGGUGAGAAGCCGCUUAGCGCCAGGAGCCCAGCGUUGUCACCGAUGAGGGCGCCCCAAUGAGGGCCCCAUCCUUCGCAAUUCUGAAACGCAGGGCUUUGGUAUCCUGCAAGUAAGAAUGAUCGGCCAUGUCGAUGCGAUGAGAUUGAAAACUGAGCCGCCUCCAAAAAUGGCUGUCAGUCCACCGAGAGAAGGCAGGCGCGACGGGCCGCCCUCCACCCAUUGAGGAAAUGAAAUUUCUGUGGAUUGACAGGUUCAAUAGCGAAUGGUGUCACGGCCCUGCAGCAAGAAAAAGUAUCCACCGUUUAUUUACACAAUCCAGAGCCGAGUACUUUCAGAAUGAACACUGAAUCAAACUAAAAUUCAGUGAGAAUUGCAGACAUAAACCUGGUCAGGCAGAAGGCAGUGACUUACACCCCAAGGUGUGUUUUAUUUUAGUGGCAUAUUAUCUUACCUUUGCAAAAGCAUGCUUUUCAUUAAUUUUUACAACACUCACAAGGGACUGAGAGCAGAAACAUGUCUUGCAGGUCGCUGCAAUCAGCUGAAAUAUUGUUUAAAUAAUUUAAGCAACCCCUUGAAAAGAUACAACACAAACAUCUAGUAUACAGUGUAAUCACUGAAGUGCUAAAGAUAUCAAAAAUCAAGAUCAAUAUCAUGUGAUUUUAGAUUUAUUUCCUGCCAUUUGUGUCAAUAGAGGGCUCUUGCCAUGUUGACGGUGCCAUGGGGUCAAAAUGCUCACGUUCACAUUCUGUUGAGAUGUCAUGUGACUCUCCCCUCUGGUCACUACUCGAGGGAAGGA